AUGAGCUCGCUUCACUCGCUUCUUUGGGGAAGUAUGUUUAAGAGUGCCGAUGAGAAAUUGCUUGGCAUAGGAAUCGAAAGGAAUGAGACACUUGGCUUUAAACUGCACCUUGAAAACUCAUCCAGAGACGUAAAUUCUCUUGCUGUCUCUGGAUUCUGCUACGAGUUCGGAAUAGGAACAUUGCCAAACAUGAAAAUGGCAGAGAUGAUGUAUGCAAAGGCUGUAUUGAGCAAUAAUGGACUUGCAUUGAUAAGGCUGAGCUUUAUAAGAAGAUUCGGCAGGCCAACGGCUGCAAUAGACUGGCUGGCUGCAAAAAAAUAUGGCGAUAAGCUAAGAGAAAUCGGCAAAAAAUCCACCGAUUGGCUAUUCCAUGCAAGUAGGCACGGCUGUUCACAUGCCAAAUAUUGCAUAGGUGUAUGCUACCAGGAGGGAUAUGGGCUCCUUGCUGAUUCCCUCCUUGCAAUCAAAUACUACAGCGAAAGCGCAUAUGAAAAAAACAUACACUCAAUAUGCGCACUCGGAUACUGCUUUCUCAAAGGCGUGGGAGUAGAUAAUGACCAGGAAAUAGCCAUCGAGUUUUUUAGAUAUGCAUCCGAAUUCAAAGAUCCCACCGCACUAUACAACCUUGGCUAUUGCUACGAAGAAGGGAAAGGCACCGAAAAAAAUAUACUCAAGGCAUUUGAGAUGUAUAGAGUCUCUGCAGAGAUGGAAAACUCAUAUGCACAAAAUGCACUUGCAAACUGCUAUGAAGAGGGAAAGGGCGUUGAUAAAGACCAUCAAAGGGCAUUCGAGCUAUACAAGAAAAGCGCUUUGCAAGGAUAUCCCUCGGCCCAAUGCAACCUUGCAUUUUGCUACCAGAAGGGAAUAGGCGUCGCUAAAAACAUGAUCAAGGCAUUUCAAUGGUAUAAGCGCGCUGCUGAGCAGGGAUUAGCUAGGGCAAAACACAAUAUUGGGUAUUGCCAUCAAAAAGGACUUGGAACACCAGUAUGCAUGGAAGAGGCAGUCCGCUGGUACAAGGAGUCUGCUUCAGAAAACAACAAUCACUCUAUCCAUGCACUUGGUGUCUGCUACCAGAACGGAUAUGGCGUUCCUAGCAACCCAGAGAUGGCUGUUGCAUGCUUUCAGCAGGGUAUAAAUGCAAACUUCGAUGAGGCCUUGGUGAGCCUUGCAUUGUGCUACAGAUCUGGCAUAGGCAUUGGUGCAUCAUCGGAGAUGUCAUUCAAACUUAUGAAGAGAGCUGCAGAGAUGGAAAACUCGUCGGCACAAAACACACUUGGGUACUACUACGAAAAAGGAUAUGGCGUGAAGAAAGACAUUCACAUGGCUAAGAAGUGGUACGAAGCUAGCUCAAAAAAAGACAACCACUGGGCAUUGUUCAAUCUGAGCUCUUUGCACCUGAAUGGAAGUGGAAUUCCAAUCAACAGGGAUCUGGGCGUAAGGUUGCUUGAAAAGGCAAAGGAUCUUGGGAAUCCAAGAGCAAUCGAUGCAAUGGGCUACUGCUUUGAAAAAGGAAUCAUUGUUGAGAAAAACCUCGCGCUUGCAUUCGAGCACUAUAAUCUGGCACUGGCGAAUGGAUACCUAAGAUCAAGCUACAACAUUGGUAGAUGCUAUGAGAGAGGAAUCGGCGUGGCUGUUGACAUCGACAAGGCAAUCUUCCACUUUUACAAAGCAUCAUCAAUAGGCGAUGAGGACUCCACCCUAAAGCUCAGAAUGUUCCUGUCGUCUUUAGUAAAGCCUAACCACUUAAUAAUCCCUCCCUAUGCCUAG